AUGGCGUCGUCCUGCAUCCCGACGGGCAUCCGGCUGCCGGACCUGGACAUGGUCAAGGCGGCGGCGGUCGGGGCGUCGUCGGCGCCGGGCGCGGGGGCGGCGCCGCUGCGGCCGGCGCACUCCUCGGCGUCCUCGGCGCUCUCCGACGCCUCCAACUCCUCCUCGGCCUCCUCGCUCUCGCUCAAGCGGGCGCGCACGCCGCGGAAGCGCCCCAACCAGACCUACAACGAGGCGGCCGCGCUGCUCGCCUCCAUGUACCCCUCCGUCUUCCCCGCCGGGGACAGGGCGCCGCCGUCGCCGAGGCUCCUCGGCCUCGCCUCCGCGCUCGCCGACGACCCCUCCCGCGCGGACCUGCUCCCGCCCUUCCCCGUCCUCGGCAACGCCGCCUGCCUCCUCCGCGACGCCGCCGCGCCGCCGACCACGCCGCGGAGCCCCGUCCUCGCCAGGGCCUGCCCGUCGCCGGCGGCCGUCAGCAGCGCCUUCACCGAGUUCCGCGACUCCGCGCCGUCCCCCGGGACCCCUGACGGCGCCGCCGGCGCGGACGGGCCCGGGGAGCUCGACUAUGAGGAUGAUGACGACAGCUUUGACGCAGACUCUUUCCUCCUCGGCGGCCUCGACGAGGGCGCCGCCGCCGAGGGGAUCGAUGGCAUCAUGGGCAAACUCAGUAUGGAAAGCGGCAGCGAUGCCUCUUCCAUUAACCGUGUCCUCUCCAGCUCCGGCAUAGACCCCUACAUCAGAAACCUCAUGGUGCUCGGACUCGGGUUCCGGCGCUCCCGGUCCAACAUCAAGCAGGCGCUCAAGCGGCAUGACGAUGACAGCGAAUGGUGGAUGUGCCCUGCCAUUCCAUUGAAGGACAUUAUGCCGGCGCCUCCCCCAUCGAUGGAACCACCGCCGCCGGUGGAGAAGAAGAAGAAGAAGACUAAGAAGAAGGCGUUGAAGGACAUUGCCGCUGGGCCGUGCAUUACAUGUGUUAAGGAGGAAAUUCCUGACCCUGCUUAUGGGGAUGAUGGAAUUUUUGGACCGAAGGCGCCCAAGACAGGAUUGGGCCUGAGCCUCAACACUGAGGAGGUGCUGAAGGCGUGGUAUGACAGAGGCUCCGUGUUCGCUGACGGCAACAUACCUGAUGCAUCAUCCACUGAUGGGCUGGCUAAACUUUCAGACAUUGAACUGUUUCUAGAGAAUGGUGCUGCUGGUGCUAUCAGGGAAGGCAGCAUACAGAAAUUGAAGCACAAGCAGAAGCAGUGCACUCCCCUCCUCUCAAAUAAGACUCGGUACCAAGCACGGAAGGUGCACGCCGAGUCUCGUCCUCGGGUCAAGGCAGUUUGUCAGCCAGGCGGCUCUUCUGCAGAAAGCCGCGGAGAAAGAGACCUAGGGGAGGACGUUCUUGCUCCCAUGAACAUUCUGUCUUGGGAUUUCAUUUCAUUCCCCCUAGAAGUGAAGCAGAUGAGGGCUUCUUUUCUUUUCUGCACUUAUGUGAUCAUGUAG